CUGGCUCCCCCGUUUAAAGUGUGUGUGAACCAUCACUUGACGUCUAGUCUCUCUGUCGGGGUGCACACGGAUUGACCACUCCUUUGGGCUUUUCUUUUAUCCUUGGAUAUUUGGGGGGGAAAGCUAAUCCACAAACAUGACUGACGCGCAACAAGAGGCCCGCUCCUACCUGAGCGAGGAAAUGCUGGCUGAGUUCAAAGCCGCUUUCGACAUGUUCGACACCGACGGUGGCGGUGAUAUCAGCACCAAGGAGUUGGGUACCGUGAUGAGGAUGCUGGGCCAGAACCCGACAAGAGAAGAGUUGGAUGAGAUCAUCGAGGAGGUCGAUGAGGAUGGUAGCGGUACCAUCGACUUCGAGGAGUUCUUGGUCAUGAUGGUGAGGCUGCUAAAGGAGGACCAGGCCGGCAAGAGCGAGGAAGAGUUGGCAGAGUGCUUCCGCGUGUUCGACAAGAACGCCGACGGCUACAUCGACAGAGAGGAGUUCGCGCUCAUCAUCCGCAGCACCGGCGAGCCCAUCUCAGAGGAGGAGAUUGAUGAGCUGAUGAAGGAUGGAGACAAGAACGCUGACGGCAUGCUGGACUUUGAUGAAUUCCUCAAGAUGAUGGAGAAUGUGCAGUAAAACCAGAAAGACUCAUGGACAUUCCUCCUCCCCCCUGUCAACCCCCCACUCUUAAUACACUCUACCCUACUGACCCCACUGUACCACCACCCCACCCUUACACACAUACUUACCCUCCUUUCCACCUGGUUCACUGCCUCUCUUCUCCAUCCUCAUUGACAUCCUCAACAGACGGCUCGGGGCACCCAGCUGGGGUUGGGGGCGUCGCUGGCUGGGGUACACUCUACCCCGGCUUGUGUGUGAAUGCAGACGGCCUAUGGAUGCUGCGCUGAAACUGUACUUGGUGACAGGACGGCAAGGCAACAAAGGGGGAAAUUGUCCAUACACACCCUUUGCAGUAUACAUGGCGUGUAUACGUGUCAUCAGCGACACCCUGCCCCACCACUCUCCCCACUCUGGUGGUAAAGCUCUAAUCUAGAUGUAGUCUAGAUAGAACGGCAGCCUGUUACCUGCUGCUUAGACCAAUUUAUUCAACCACUUCACUGUACAAAGAAGUAAUUUGCUUGAACAGAAUAAAUUAACUAACACAUG